AUGCUCCCGGCGGUCCUCGCUUCCCGAGGCGGGCAGUCACGUGACGCCGUCUCGCCCAAUCGGCGUGAGGGCUGCGGGGGUCGCCGCGGUUCCCGCCAAAUACGAGCGCAGCGGCCGCGGCAGCAGCGGCGCGGGCGGGAGGGCGAGAAGCAGCGGCCGCCGGAGCGGAGUCCGCGCCUCCGCCGCCCGAGGGGAGCCCGAGCCGCCGCAGCGGCGAUGCUGGAGGAGCCGGAGUGCGGGGCGCCGGGCGCCAGGGCCGCGGCCGGAGCCAUGGAUUGCAAAGGCAGAGCCGCCUUCCCGGUUAAGAAGUUAAUACAAGCCCGUUUGCCGUUCAAGCGCCUGAAUCUUGUGCCCAAGGAGAAAGACGAGGCCACGGCAGGGGCGCCGAGGAGCCCCGCGGGCGCCAUGCGGAGACCAGGCCCCCGGCUCGCCGGCUCGCUGGACAACGUGGAGAACGACUGCCUGGCUUCCGAGGGCGGCCUCGGGCCCCCGCUGCUCAACGGGGAGGGGCCGCUGGGCGGCUGCCUGCGGACCAGAGCCAAGGAGAGUGUGGACCACGGUGCGGUCGUCAUAGACUUGACCGAGGACUCGUGUGAGCUGCCCCCCAGCCCCGCCGGCCACAGUCCACUCCAGGCCGAGGCCUCCGCCCCCGAGAAGGCAGUGAACGGAGUCGGGGUCAGAGAGCAGCCGGGGCUGCCUGAGGCCGUUCCGAAGGCCGGGCUGGCGUUGCUGGGAGAUUCCCUCGCCGAGGGUCCUUGUGCUGUGGACGAGGGGGGCGUCAGCUCCAGAGGCGCCGGGAGGCGCUGCGACCCGCAGGAGGGCCGGGCCGGUUGGCGGGCGGCUGGUGGCAUCCUGUGCCGAGGGAAGGUGCCCGUGGUGCUGCUGCAGGACAUCCUGGCCGCGACCCCUGCCAGGAGCAGGCCCGCCUCCGAGAGCGACCGGCCGGAGCCGGAUCCUGCACCCAGCCCCUCGUCCCUGAGCGCCUCCUCGCCCAGCAGCUCCCCCGAGGGGCAGCAUGCUCCCAAGAAGCGGCGCGGCCGGGGCAGCCCGUCCCCUGGCUCCACCCCCGUCGACAGGGUGAGUACCCCCGCCGGGUCGCUAGGUCUCUGUGCGUGGACUUGGCUGAGGGGCGGCGUGGCGGGCGCUGCUGGCCUUGCUCAUGCACGCCCAGUGCACAGGGUGCUCCACAGAGCCCCCAGUGGCUCCGCUCCUUCCUGUCUCUGCGCAGGUCUGUAG